UUUCGGAAUGCUUUUAUGGGAACUUGCAGAACAAAAGCUUCCUUUUUCUGAAACUGGACUUACAGUACUCGUAAUAAGUCAAUUAAUAUUAGACAAAGCGAUGAAUCUAAAAUUUUCAAAUAAUGAUGUACCAGAACAAUGGAACUUCUUAGCCAGAGACCGUCCAGAAAUGAAGGAAGUGCUUAGGAAAAUUAGAUUCAUAAAUGAAUCGAUUAAUGCAGCCACUUCCGAUGCAUCAGAAUCGUGUAGUGACUUAUCAAUGUUAUCAUUUAAUGAAGCAAUUGAACAGACAACUCAUAAAAGUGGUUCUAAAGAAAGAGCUUGGAAAACAAUUGCUAAAUAUUCAGAAAUAGAUAAUGAUUUUACUGCAAAAUAUUGGAAAGGAUAUUAUCUUUAUAAUAACUUAAUUAAUUUUCCAUAUUCUGAUGAUGAAAGAAAGCAGCUUGCUGCUGAUGCAUUUAAAGAAGCUGCUGAUGGAGCAAAUAUGCGGGAAGCACAAUUUAUGUACGCUUCAUGUGUUUAUAAAAAAGAUCCAUACACGGCGAUAGAAUAUUUUGAAAAAGCAGCUGAACAAAAUCAUACAGCCGCGAUGCAUAAUUUAGGAUUGUUAUAUUAUAAUGGUAAAUACAUUGAUGCCGACAAAAAGAAAGGUGAAGAUUGGUUUAGAAGAGCUGCAGAUGGUAGUUUUGAAGCUGCCAUUAUCUUUUGCAAAAAAAAUGGAAUUACUUUUUAA